UUGGUCGAGUCUAAUGAGCCGGACGAAGCUCUACACCUGAUUUGAGCUGCUGCUCGAGUCACUAGAGUUUUGAAAAACAAGUGCUUUUGCAAACACUACAGACUUUCCCAAAAGUGGUCCAGGAGGAGCCGGAGCUUGUUCUGGAAAGCAGCGGGCACAAGGAGUGCCUGUUAUCACCCAAGCCUGUUUUGACUGCUGGGGCUGUAAAAGCUGUCAAGAUCCCUUUGGAUUAAUAAAACUCCCUGGUGCUGAGGAAUAAAGUUGUGGGGCAUGAUCCACUUAUCCAGUUGAGUAAUUCUGGUGUUGGAUUACAGUGUCUUUUAGCUUCUUACUUGAAGUGUCCUGGAUUGGAAGAAGGCAUGAAGCAAGUGAGACAACUCCAGGCUUGUCAUCUUCUGCACAACAAGUUUGUGGUGGUUCUUGGGGACUCCAUUCAGCGCUCAGUUUACAAAGACCUUGUGAUGUUGCUACAGAAGGACAGCUUUCUGUCGGUGGCCCAGCUGAAAUGCAAGGGAGAGCUCAGUUUUGAGCAGGACUGUCUGGUGGAAGGAGGUGUCCAGAGCCAGAUGACCAAUGGGACGAACUACAGGGAGGUCCGCCAGUUCCGCACCGAUCACCACUUGGUGCGCUUCUACUUCCUGACGCGGAUCUACUCCCGCUACAUGGAGAGCAUCUUGGCGGACUUCCGGGCCGGACCGCAGCCGGACGUGCUCGUGGUCAACUCCUGCGUGUGGGACGUGUCCAGGUAUGGUCCGAAUUCCAUGAGCGAGUACUUGGAGAACCUCCAGACCUUCUUCAGGAAGCUGAAGGAGACCCUGCUCCCGGAGUGCCUGGUGCUGUGGAGCCUGGCCAUGCCCCUGGGCAGGAGGCUCACGGGAGGGUUCCUCGUGCCGGAGGUGCAGCACUUGAGCCAGACGCUGCGCCACGACGUGAUCGAGGCCAACUUCUACAGCGCCGCGCUGGCCGACCGCCACGGCCUCGACGUGCUGGACCUGCACUUCCACUUCCGGCGCCGCCUGCAGCACCGCACGGGCGACGGCGUGCACUGGGGCCCCGCGGCCCACCGCCACAUCAGCUGCCUGCUGCUGCGCCACGCGGCCGGGGCCUGGGGCGUGCGGCUGCCCGACGGGGAUGCUGAUGACACUGAGAGAGCUACUGGUGCCCUUCAAUUCAACAUUCUGCCAUCUUACCAGCCUAAUCUGGACCCAGCAUCUGGCUCAGGCCUCCCCGGCGGUGAGGAGAAAAGACUGCAGUCUGCUCACGCCAGCCAGCAUGGCCGGCCCCUGAGGAUGAACGCCUUUCACUAUGAUGGACCAGUGUCGGACCCAAAUUCAAGUUGCCAGAAUCUGGCGUUCAGAUAUGGCACCUGUAACAAAGAGAGCAGUUUCAAUCCCUUCUUCUAUGAGGACACUCUCCUGGUUGGUACAGCGUCGGGCCCCCAGUUUGUGACUGGAUACAUGAGCUUCGAGGAGAAGUACAGACAGGCAAUGUGCUGCCCAGGUCCAGAUUUCAGUCGGAUGAGAGUUUAUAAUACUUGCCAUUUGCAGCUGACUCAGGUUAGGACCAGUAACCAUUGUGUGAUGAGGCAGAGACCAGCCAGGAGGCAGUUUGCUCCCUACAGCCAGCAUGGGUUUCAUUCCCGUUGGAGGUGCUGACUCAGCGGGGUGUCCCGGCCAGACGGACACCUGUCCCAGCUUUGUGUUGAGAAUCAUUUACACCUCUGUUAUAUUGUCAAACUUUUUUUACACGUUUUGGCUGUAUGAUUACCUGUUUUUGCACUUAAGAAUUUUUAUCUUAUCAUGAGAUACUUUUUGAUUUGCAGAAUGUGAUUUCUUAUAAAUGUUUAGACUUAACAGCUGCUCUGUGUUCUGAAAACAGGGGUGUGUGAAUCAUGCCCAGUGUUUUAUACCUCCUUUUACAGGAAAUGCAUGUGCUGUCCUCUGCGUAGUUCUACCAUUUCUGUCUCCAUUUCAGAUAAACCUUGCGAACUUCAGCAGAUGAGCCUGUCUGGCAGAUAACUCUGUGCCUUUAAAGUACAAAUCGGGCCAGAUCCAUGCCUUCCGGGGUCUGUGUUGAUCCCAGGUGUCAAAACUAGAAGUUGAUCAUUGUUAACUUCAGAAAUGGAAAAUGCGUAAAAUUUUGGAAAAGGGUGGCGUUUGUGUGUUUUUCAUGCUGUAGCUAAAGGGAAUUGUGUUCGUAUGGAGAAUGUGGAAGUGGUUGUUGUAUAGUGGGCUAUUCAGGCUAGAGUGACUGGAGGGACAAAUACAGAACCCUGUCCCAAUUUUCUUCUAAAUAUACAUUUGAUUUUCUUCUGAGGCCAUCAGGCCUUGUGUCAAUUACAUGUAUAAUUAAAGCAUUUUUAUGAUAGUA